UAAUUAAAGAAGGGAGACAUUGACAUUAGGUUAGGAAGAGAAAGAGAGAGAGAAUUGAUGAAAAGAGAAUGGGAAUUUCUUCAGAGUGUGAGCAAGGUAGUAACAGUGUCAACGGUAACGGUAACGGUAACGGUAACGGUAACGGGAACGCAGUUGAAGUAGAGUGCGUGAAAUGCGACUCAUGCGGCUUCACGGAAGAAUGCACGCCGGCAUACAUUUCACGGUUGCGGCAGCGCUACCAGGGACGGUGGCUCUGCGGCCUCUGCGUCGAGGCUGUCAAGGACGAGCUUCUCAGAUCCGACACCCUCAUCUCCACCGAAGAAGCUCUCAACCGCCACAUCUCUUUCUGCAGAGACUUCAGAGCUUCAGCCAAACCAGAGCACCCUCUCUUCGCCAUGGCACGAAUCCUUCGAAGAAGUUUGGAUUCCUCUUCUUCUUCUCCGAGGCCUCUCCGGACCAAUUCCACCGGGGCACUUCCACCACUUCAUCGUGUUCAAACUGCUCCACCAGCCGCUCUUCUUCGAUCCGACAGUUGCUUCUCAUCUAUAUCAGGGGUAUAACACAACUCCAUGAUUACGAUCACUUCCUUUCUUUCUUUCUUUUAAUCCUUCAUCUUUACUGUAUAUACAUCUAGACUGCUUAACAAAUUCUUCAAACUUUUAAUUCCUUCUUGUUCUCUAAUUUUCUCUGUUUUUUUUCUUAAUUUUCUUUUCUACAAAAGAAUAUGUUGA